AUGAUUUGGGAUGUGGUGGGCUGCUGUGGGCCAGAAAGUCCAGGGCCACUUUUCGGUCCCAGUCCGCCCCUGCUCACUCCCACUGGCUCUGCCUCAGUCCUCACUCCCACUGACUCCACCUCAGUCCUCAUUCCCACUGACUCCACCUCAGUCCUCACUCCCACUGACUCCACCUCAGUCCUCACUCCCACUGACUCCACCUCAGUCCUCACUCCCACUGACUCCACCUCAGUCCUCACUCCCACUGACUCCACCUCAGUCCUCACUCCCACUGGCUCUGCCUCAGUACUCACUCCCACUGGCUCUGCCUCAGUCCUCACUCCCACUGAUUCCGCCUCAGUCCUCACUCCCACUGGCUCUGCCUCAGUCCUCACUCCCACUGACUCCACCUCAGUCCUCACUCCCACUGACUCCACCUCAGUCCUCACUACCACUGGCUCGCCUCAGUCCCCACUCCCACUGACUCCACCUCAGUUCUCACUCCCACUGGAUCUCCCUCAGUCCUCACUCCCACUGACGCCACCUCAUCCUCACUACCUCUGGCUCGCCUCAGUCCUCACUCCCACUAGCUCCACCUUAGUCCUCACUCCCACUGGCUCUGCCUCAGUCCUCACUCCCACUGACUCCACCUCAGUCCUCACUCCCACUGACUCCACCUCAGUCCUCACUCCCACUGGCUCCGCCUCAGUCCUCACUCCCACUGGCUACGCCUCAGUCCUCACUCCCACUGGCCCUGCCUCAGUCCUCACUCCCACUGAUUCCACCUCAGUCCUCACUCCCACUGACUCCACCUCAGUCCUCACUCCCACUGGCUCCACCUCAGUCCUCACUCCCACUGGCUCCGCCUCAGUCCUCAUUCCCACUGGCUCCGCCUCAGUCCUCACUCCCACUGGCUCCGCCUCAGUCCUCACUCCCACUGACUCCACCUCAGUCCUCACUCCCACUGGCUCUGCCUCAGUACUCAUUCCCACUGACUCCGCCUCAGUCCUCACUCCCACUGGCUCUGCCUCAGUCCUCACUCCCACUGGCUCACCUCAGUCCUCACUCCCACUGACUCCACCUCAGUCCUCACUCCCACUGACUCCACCUCAUCCUCACUACCUCUGGCUCGCCUCAGUCCCCACUCCCACUGACUCCGCCUCAGUUCUCACUCCCACUGGAUCUGCCUCAGUCCUCACUCCCACUGGCUCCACCUCAGUCCUCACUCCCACUGACUCCACCUCAGUCCUCACUCCCACUGGAUCUGCCUCAGUCCUCACUCCCACUGGCUCCACCUCAGUCCUCACUCCCACUGACUCCACCUCAGUCCUCACUCCCACUGGCUCCUCCUCAGUCCUCACUCCCACUGGCUCCUCCUCAGUCCUCACUCCCACUGGCUCUGCCUCAGUCCUCACUUCCACUGGCUCUGCCUCAGUCCUCACUCCCACUGGCUCGCCUCAGUCCUCACUCCCACUGACUCCACCUCAGUCCUCACUCCCACUGGCUCCUCCUCAGUCCUCACUCCCACUGACUCCACCUCAGUCCUCACUCCCACUGACUCCACCUCAGUCCUCACUCCCACUGACUCCACCUCAGUCCUCACUCCCACUGGCUCCUCCUCAGUCCUCACUUCCACUGGCUCACCCUCAGUCCUCACUCCCACUGGCUCUUCCUCAGUCCUCACUCCCACUGGCUCCGCCUCAGUCCUCACGUUAA